AUGGCCCCGGUUAGCGGCCUUCUCGCUCGUCUUAGGACUCUGUACUCGAAAGAACAAGAUGAGCCGGCUAUCUCGGCCCAGGCAGCUGCUGGCAUUUCGAUCUGUUUGACCCUGAUUUACGUGCUCCCAUUCUAUGUCUCACCGGCUACGCGGCCCUCCGCUACUCUGAGUCGUGAUGCUCCGUCUGUGAUCAGAGCCAGGAUUCGAGCUGUAACGCUGUCCUGUCUCAUUUGUAGUUUGGCUGUACUAUGGCUCAUUGUUGCGGAAGAUGACUCGUCCAUCCUUCAUGCCCUCAAGCUCAUGGGUUGGUGGCCGAUCAACUUUACGGACAUCCUCCGUGGUCUAUUUUUGACUGCCCUACUAUUUACUGGGCCCAUCUUUGAGCGCGGAGUUGCUGAGGGCGAGUGGAGAGAAUGGUUCAGGAGAGCCCGUAUCUCUGAAACUCUAGGUGGCUGGAUUGGAUGGAGGAACUAUGUCGCCGGUCCUAUCACAGAGGAGGUCAUGUUCAGAUCGGCAAUAAUACCGCUCCAUCUCCUUGCCAGAGUGAACCCAGGACGUAUCGUUUGGGUCGCCCCCUUGUACUUUGGGGUCGCUCAUGUGCAUCAUUUCUAUGAGUUCCGAUUGACCCAUCCGGAUACCUCAAUCAUUGCAGCAGUGCUUCGCUCUGUCUUUCAGUUCGGAUACACGACGGUUUUUGGCUGGUACGCCACUUUCGUUUACCUUCGGACUGGAUCUCUCUUCGCGGUCAUCCUAAUCCAUGCUUUCUGUAACUGGUGUGGACUUCCCCGGCUAUGGGGAAGGGUCGAGGCUGUGGUUCCAAUUGGUCCUACUUUCAAUAGAGGAAAGGAGGACUCUGACAGGAGCCCAGAGUACUCUUAUGGCCAGCUCGGCCUUGGGUGGACUGUCACGUAUUAUGUGCUCCUCGUCGCAGGGGCCAUUGGGUUCUCUUACACCUUGUGGCCGUUGACAGAGUCUUUGCACGCUCUAGCAGAUUUUGCCGCAAGUUCGUGA